AUGGAACCCAAGGGGAAAGAUAGAAACUACCCCGGUGUCAGAGUGUGCGGCGGCACCACGGAGGGAGGAGGCACGCUACAAAUGGAAAGAAAUGAGGCGGAGUGUCUACAAUCCUAUAAUUUUUCGCCACUCAUUUCAUGUUUAAUGAGAUUUGAGUGUACAAUGCAAGAUGGAGAAUACCGAGAUAUUGAACCAAAAGAUAAAAUUAUCAAAAUAUACUCCGAAUUCAUGACGAGAGUUGCUCAAUUUGAAGAGCUCAUGUCCACCGGUUGCACUCUACUCAUCGGCUUUCAGCAAACUCUCGAGUUUCUAAGACAGCCGUCCAUUAACAAGACAUCAAAACUGGUCGAGCGCAUUAUUAAAGCUCACGACUCAAGAAGAAUUUUGUCCUACGUGGAAUCUGGAUAUGUCAACUGUCACAACUGUGUACAAAAUGUGAGCAAGCUGCACAAGUGCCAUCUUGGACUUGAGGAUCAUAUUGAUAGAGCUAAAAUUGUUGUGAAUGAACUCAAAGGCCUUCUGGAUGAUUUGAGUUGCGAUUCGGAUCCUGUUUUUACUUUGAGCGAUGGAGAGAAAAUUACGAAAUUGGAAGUUGCUGAUUUUGCUGCCAUGAUGGCUUUCGUGUACAGUAUGGUGAGACAAGAUUAUGCAAUGCAAGUUCGAAUAGUGUCCUCUUUAAGCUACGAGUCUUUGUUGUCUGGGGAGCUGGAGACGUAUUGCAAGAUCUGGUCUUUAAGGCCGUUUGUGGAUGAUGACAUUAUGCAUAAAGCUUGGGAACUCGUUUCGUGACUGUACGCAUUGCAUGUUUUUGGGAGUGUGUGAAAGUUAAGGUAAGAAUACCGAUGGAUUGUGUGAUUUUUGUUGUUUUGGUACUUAGGAUGGUCUGAGGACACUUGUUUUGGUAAUGCCAUUUGGUCAUCUCUGUUCUGAAACUCUUUAAAAUUAAUCUGGUUUUGGGUUUGUUUCUUUGAUAGAACCUUAGAAUCGUC